AAAGAGGCACGAAUGCUGGAAACAUGUGACGGCGAUACCUGGAGGUAAUCCAAAUAAAAAGAGGUGGCAGGGUAAUUAUUUCCACAAAGACUAUGCUGGAGGGGCUUUGAGGAUCAGGGUGCAUUUGGGUUUAGAAAGAGGACAAGAUAUUGAAAUUUGCAAGGAAUUUCAAGGACCUUGGAGUCAGCUGUCUGGGAACGGAGCGAGUUCAGUGACUGAGAAUGCACAAGUUACAGGUUUUCCAAGCGGUGGACCCUUCUUCAAUCAAGACAGCCAAAAUAUUCCGCCACAAGCAAGUCUAGGUGGAAUUCAGGGACCCUUAAGGUCUAUAGAAGCAGAAAUGGAUCUUCCAAUAGAUAGUCCUGAUCAGUCAAACUGCAACUGGACUGGACUAGUGGAUUUUAUGGAUGAAUUCAAUUGUGCGAUGGAUUUUCAGCCAUAUGUUGAUCCAUCUAAUAGUGUACUACAACAGAACGAUGACCAAGAUGUGCUUUCUCCAAGCGGUCCCGCCAAUCCUCAGCAUGCUGCAGAGCAGCAAGACAUGUUGGCUCCAGCCUCAGUUCAUGAACAAGUGGUCAACAUUGGAGGAGAAAACAUGGGAGUACAAUCUACUUUGUUGCCAAAUAGUCCUGAUCUGCCACAAGAAUGCCCCCAGGAGGAUGCAAUGCAAGUUGAUCAAGAUCCAUGCAGUGAGAGAGAUCAGUGUGCUGGUGCAGCAUUUCCACAGCCUUCUAUUGAGUUGACUCAUGAUGCACCAGAUGCAGGAGGGGAUUGAAUUCUAGCACCGGGGCUAGUGGGUCAAGUUUUCGACAGAGUCCCCAAUGAGAUCAUGAACUACCAUACAUCUGUCCUGCAGCAGCACGACAGCCAAAAUGUGCCUUCUACAAGCUGUCAUGCCAAUGAUCAGCAUGCGGUGGAGCAGCAAGAUAUUCCCGCUUCGAACUCAAUUCAUGAACUAGUGGUCAACAUCAGUGGAGAGAACUCGAGAGGUAUGCUUCCAAAUAGUCCUGAUCUGCCAGAGGAGUGCCACCAAGCAGAUGGAAUGCAAGUUGAGAUGUUAGCACCCAAAUUAGUGGGUCGAGACCAGAUUGUGGAUGAGCUCUGGGGUUACUUAACGACAAAUGAUAUAUUAUGCAUCGGAGUCUAUGGGAUGGGGGGAGUGGGGAAAACCACAACCAUGAAACACCUCUAUAAUAAAGUGCAUGGCUGUGCUGCCUUUGAGAAUGUAUUCUGGGUCACGGUGUCAAAAGACUGCAGUAUCCACGAGCUUCAAAAUAAGAUUGCCAAAGCCAUCAAGGUUCCUGGCCUUUUCAAGGAUGUUGACGAAGUGAUGAGGCCAACAGUGUUGUUCAACCAUUUGAGCAAGAGAAAGAAGUGUCCAGUUAUUUUAGAUGAUAUGUGGCGGCAUUAUGAGCUUGCAGACGUUGGAAUUCCAGUCAAAAGAGAUGGUGUUUGGCUGGUCCUAACAACACGAUAUCGUGAUGUUUGCGAAAAGAUGUUGUGUCAAGCGAAAAUUGGAGUUCGACCUCUAUCUGAUGAAGAAGCACGGGCAUUCUUUGUACAGACACUUGGUUCCAAUCUACCUCCUAGUCUGAAACUUGUUGCUGAGGAUAUUGUUAAGGAGUGCAAAGGCUUGCCGUUAGCUAUUGUUGUUAUGGUGGGAAGCAUGAGGGGAGAGGUCGAUGAUCAUGUAUGGGAAGCCACGCUGAAAAAUUUAAAACGACCAGGAGUUCUUGAACAGAGUAUGAAAGAGAGUGUUUUCCCGAUUCUGGUGCAUAGUUACAACCGCUUGAAUAAGAAGAAACAACUAUGUUUUUUAACGUGUGCUCUGUUUCCUGAAGAUAGUUUAAUCAAUAGAACAGAACUGAUAGAACUUUGUAUAGAUGAGGGGGUGAUUCGUGAAGAUAGGAGGCGGAAGAUGUAUAACGAAGGGCACAGAUUGUUAGGUGAACUUGAAAAGGCGUGCCUCUUGGAGGUAUUUAGUGCAGGGAAUAGAGAAGUUGUGAUGCAUGAUGUGAUUCGGGAUAUGGCACUGUACAUCAUGAACGCGAACUACGGCCCAUGCAUGGUGAAAUCUGGCUUGGGUUUGGAAGAUGUGCCGGAUGAUGAGGAAUGGUUGCCUAAUCUUCAGAAGGUUUCCUUGAUGAGGAAUGACAUAGAAGCAGUUCCACCCUCCAUAUCACCAAACUGUCCUCAACUUGCAACUCUGCUGAUAAGCCACUGUCCGGAUUUGCGUAAAAUCUCAAAACAUUUCUUUCAGCGGAUGCUGGAGUUGAAGGUUAUUGAUUUGAGACUUGCUAGCAUCACAGAAGUGCCAAAAUCUGUCGAGAACUUGGAAAAGUUGAACGCACUAGUACUUAGUUUCUGCUGUCAAUUAUCUUGUAUUCCGUCCUUGGCGAAGUUGACAUCGUUGAGGAAGUUGGAACUCCUAUGGCGUGAAAGUAUUAAAGAAGUACCAGAUAGUUUGGGGAUGUUGAUUAAUCUUACAUAUCUCUGCUUAAGAGAGAGGAGGAUUGAAAGGAUUCCAGAUGGAGUGGUCGGUAAGUUAAAGAAGCUACAGCACCUUGAAGCGGAUUAUAUUGCAGUGAAGGGAGGAGAAGUUGGAAAAUUGAGGAAGUUGGAGGUACUGCGAUGUCGUUUUGAAAACGUGAAUGAGCUGAAUGAGUACACACUGCAUGCAAGAACUAUAGAGUCAUACAGACUCGUCAUAGGAGCUUGUAGAAAUUUCAACUAUUGGCACGACGAGUUAAAUUUUCACAAAGUUAUUAUUAUGGGGGUCGGAGAGUAUAAGAUAGGAGAAACUUGUCGUCUCCUAGGAGACAUGAAGGCAUUGGGGAUUCGAGGCUAUGGCGGGACGUGGAAUAUAUCCAGUUUGAUGGGACUUGAAAAACUGGAGGAGCUACGGAUUACAGGGUGCGAUGAGGUGUCAGCCAGAAGAGCCAGAGGGACAGUUGGUUGAACAAACUACUCCACCAUCGCCAGGAGACCACUUCCCCAAUCUCAAGGUGCUAAAGAUCUCUAGAUGUCCAAAAUUGAAGCAUCUGUUGGUGCCCAGACACAGCUGCAAUCUGUACCUUAAGAAACUAGA